AUGGUCCAGUUUAUCGCGCGCGGCUUCCCCCGAUCCUUCAACGAAGCGGACAUCUCCGAACUGUUGGCCCACUUUGGCAUUCACGAAACCAAGUUCAGCAAACGGCGUGGCAAAAUAAGCGCGAUUUUAACCGUCCGGAACCCGGCUAUUGCGGACAGUGUUCUGUCCCGGUUGCACCAGCUUCAAGUUGGAGGAGCUAGACUAUCUGUCGAACAUUAUAAUCGGCGUACGGAGCAGGAUGAAGACGCGCUUCCCGCGACGAAAACCGUACGCGAAUCCGCGCAGGAACUCAGCAAUUACGUCCGGGCAUUGCACGCGGUCCACCCGGUUGAUUUCAACCAUCCACCGCCGCCGUACCUUAAGUAUCGAUACCCUAAGCCGACACGGGACAUUCUUGACAAUAUCUGCGCCACGCUUGAGUCGGUUCCCAAGUUUUACGUUCAAGUGUUGCACCUAAUGAACCGGAUGAAUCUGCCUCCUCCUUUUACGAAUAAGGACUUGAAACCACGAGAGGGCACUCGUAAGGAUGCUGCCCAACAAACGGAUCUCACUAUGAUUGCGGAAUCGCUGCUAGCUGAGGGCGAGUCCGAACUGGAAUCGGACGAUGAAUCGAUGCCGAAGGUUCCUCGGAAAGGCAAAAUCUUGCUAAACAGAAAUCGAUUCAAGCCAUACAUAAAACCCGUGAUCACUCCAAACGUAACCAAAGUCAAACCCAGCCCAACGGAGCUCUUCGAGCAGCCAAAACCGAAACCAAUCGCCGCCAUCACCAUUCACAUCCCGGAGCAACUCCCGACUCCAGUGCCAACAGUCGUCACCCCGGAACAAGAACCUCCGCCAACCCAGCAAGAACCAUCACCACCCUCAGCUUCCAUGUCCGAGCAGGACCUCCUCGCGAACCGCGUUCCCCCGGACCAGCUGGCCGACCUCCCGGUCUUCAAAAACUACACCCCGGGCGCCCCCUCCAACAAGCUGUACAUCAAGAACCUCGCCAAAACCGUCACCGAGCAAGAUCUAACCCAAAUCUACGCCCUCUUCACCAGUCCCGGCCGCGCCGACAUCCAGAUCAAGCUGAUGCAAAGUGGCCGCAUGAAGGGCCAGGCGUUCGUUACCUUUUCCUACGCCUACUCGGAAGAUCUGGACGGGCUGGGAGAAAUGCCCAUCGAACGGGCACGCCGCCUCACGAACGGGUUUAUUUUGCGCGACAAGCCGAUGGUGGUGUGCUACGGCAGGCAGGAGAAAGCGGCGACAGCAGCAGAGUGAAUUGCGUCGUUUGAAUGGGGUUUUGAAUGCAAAUAAGUGCGUCGCGCAGCGCGGAUGACGAAAUUCGGUGACUAAAAUUAAAAGAGUUUUGCAGGCGAACUGCGUUGUGAGGCUUAAUAAACGUGUGUGCUCAUAAUAAUUGUAAAUUAUAUUCGUGUUAUGGAUUACAAG